AUGUCUUCGGAUUCGCAGAAAACAGCCAUAAUGAAGUUGGUAACGAAUGAUGGUGAAAAUUUCGAUGUGCCACGAGAUGUGAUUCGGCUUUCUACUACAAUCAACACCAUGUUGCAGGACCUUGGAAUAGACAACGAGUCGAGCGAUCCGAUACCGAUUUGCAACGUUUCAGGUCCUAUUAUGAAGAAGGUGUUGCAGUGGUGCACGUUUCACAAAGACGAUCCACCAACCACCGAUGAUUCGGACAAUCGUGAAAAGCGCACUGACGACAUCCCAAGCUGGGAUGUAGAAUUUCUCAAAGUGGAUCAAGGCACUUUGUUCGAGCUUAUCCUGGCUGCCAACUAUCUUGACAUCAAAGGUCUACUUGAUGUAACCUGCAAAACUGUGGCGAACAUGAUCAAAGGGAAAACUCCAGAGGAAAUUCGACGAACUUUCAACAUCAAGAACGACUUUACUCCUGAGGAAGAGGAACAGAUACGCAAGGAGAAUGCUUGGUGUGAAGAUUAG